CUGCUUUGCAUCCGCUGUUCCUCUGCUCUCAUCAGCAUUCCUGGCAGCAAUCUCAUCAGCAUUCCUGGAAGCAAUCUCAUCAGCUUCCUGACAGCAAUCUCAUCAGCUUCACUUAGCUGCAGCUCUGAUUACGGAAUGGAUGCUCUCACACCUGAAUGUCAUCAGAUUCUCAGCUCACAUGGCCCCCCUCAUUCACCAUUCUCCAGAACAUGGCUGCUAUCUCUUCUUCCUGUUCCCUCUCAACUCUAUGUGUAAACUCCACCUCUUCAUGAAUAUAGAAAUCUCUAUGCA